CCGGAAGUGAUGUUGUUGUUGGCGGAAGAGAGGCUAACGGAAGCUAACAGGAGCUAACGGGGCUCACGGGGCUAACAUGGCGGAGUAACGGACGGCCGCCGGCGUCAGUGUGAAGAUGGAGCGGCGGCGGCCUGCAGAAGAAGACGUCUGUCCUCUGGAGUCCAAGUCUUUGAGGGCGGCCAGAGACGCCACGGUCUUCAGAGUGGACAGGAAGUCUAAGACGGCGUCCACAGCUCACACAGGAAGUUCCACUAAGGACAGACGGGAAGAGAUAAGACCACCCGUCUCAGGUGGUGGAGUGAUGGCUGAGGAGGUGGUCACCAUGGAGACCAGCGAAUCCAGUGACGAUGAACUGGGACGACUGGACAUCGACCUGGACAGGAAGUCCAAACAGCAUAACCUGACGUCCAGCAACGUGCGCGCCAUCCUGCAUGAGGUGAUUACCCAUGAGCACGUGGUGGCCAUGAUGAAAGCUACCAUCAGAGACACUCAGGAUCUGCCCAUGUUUGAGCCAAAGAUGACUCGAUCUAGACUGAAACAGGCCGUCCAGCAGGGACAGCCGCUGAACUGGAGUCUGUCAGCACUGAACACAGUCAAGCCUCCUCAGUUUGUUGACAUUGAUCUUGAGGAGGAUGAAGACUCGUCAGAUGAAGAGUAUUGUCCUGAUGAGGAAGAGGAGGAGGACACUGCUGAGGAGACUUUCCUCAGCGAUGCAGAGAGCUUGGCUUCACCUCCCAGAAUGCAUCAGAACUCUCAACCUCUGGCAGACCAGAAGACCGAUGAACCCCUACAGAGAUGUCCGGGACACCUACGGGAACAGGUGACGACCUCCAGCCUCGCUCCGCAACACCUCCUCUCUGCUCCUGAGUCUUCCUUCCUGGAAAGACUAAACGCUGUGGAAGAGGAGCUGGACUGCAGCUACACCUAUAACCAGCCUCUGGACGGAAAAGCUGAUAAUGAUGAUGACGACGAUGAUGGUGGUGGUGGAGUUGCUGAUGAAGGCUGUUUGGCCUACCGCACGCGCUCCAAACUUCGUCUGGUUAACGUUCCUCUGGGUCAGCUGGAGGCGGAGCUUCUGGCCCCUGACAUCACACCUGACAUGUACGAGUCCCAGCGGGAGGAGGACCGUCAUUGGACGAAGUGGCUGCAGAGUCUUAUGACCCCCGAUAAUGAAGAGGAAGCCGAUGACGAUGACGACCCAGAGUACAACUUCCUGGAUGACCCGGAUGAACCAGACCUGGAGGACUACAGGACGGACCGGGCCGUCCAGAUCACCAAGAGGGAAGUGAAUGAGCUGCUGGAGGAGCUCUUUGACACACUCCAGGAAGAAGAGAUGGCGGCUGAGGAGGAGCAGCAGCUGCAGCAGGAGGAGACCCCGUCACAAACUGGAACCAAAUUCAAUGUUCCCCAGGCUUUAAGUUUUGAGGCACCGUUAGCCAGCAUGCUAACAGAGCGCCGGCAGACGGUGAGGAAACAGUACGAAGCUCUGCAGCAGAGGAGAGCGCUGCAGGACACAACCAAUCAUCGCCGUGACAUCACAAACCUGAAGGGCACACCGAACCCACAACCCGAGACCAUCACCUCCUUCUUAGUGCUGCCGAGCCGGGUCCGCCCCGCCCUGCACCUGGACUACACCCAGAAACUGCAGCUGCAGCAGCAGAUACAGCAGCAUGUGCAGCUCCUGACGCAGGUUCACCUGCUGAGUCGCCGUGUGGACGCCCUGAACCACGAAGCCGGCAUCACCAAACACUACCUGGAGGAGCUGCAGAAGUUCGCCAGACGUCGGGAAGAGGUUUUUCUGCCCAGCUCUUUUAGAGUGUGCAACCUGCGGGGGGCGCUGGAUCUCCUGCAGGAGGUGGAGCAGAGGGCGGAGCCUCCUCCUGCUCCUGCUGCCUCUGGGGCCUCCAGACGCUGGCUCCCCAGGAUGACUCCUGCCACCAACAGCCACGCCUUCCCUCUGAUGCCUGCCGACGCCGCCUGGCUGUUCGCCACCCGACCCAUCUUCCUUUACCCAGAACUACUUCCUGUCUGCAGCCUGGACCCCGCGCUACACACCCGACACCAUCGGAGAGUUUACACUGCAGGAGAGGACGGGUUGAUUGUUCUGGGUUUGAAGCACUUUCAGGGGACGGUCCAGUCGGAUCAGCUGAUCAGCACCUACCUGCUCUGUAAGACUCGAUGGAACUUCAGGAAACACAUCAGAGAAAUGAGCGCCACGAGAGCGCCACACAACAACGUCAUCAAGAUGUUCGUGACGCAGGGAAUCGUCCCCCCGCUGCCGCUCGCCUGCAGCAGGGUUCAGCCAGGAGACCAGCGCCCCCCAGUGGACAGAGACACCUCCACAAUGCCAAACUGGCUCAAGAACAGUCAGCUGAUCAUCCAGAAGACCCAGCAGGGCACCACCUGUUACCCACCCUCCCUCCCCCCAGGAUGCAACCUUAGGCUUCACCCCUACUUUGUCAACAAGUCCCGUCCCCCUCGUCCCCCACACAGACGCUUCUUCACCUUGGCCCACAAUGCAUCUCUGCUGCCACUCGCCAAAGCCCUGGCAGACACACAGGUGGGCAGACAGGUCGACACGCAGCCAAUCAGCUUCCUGUCCCUCCCCCCCUCAGGUACUCCUGCUGUUUCAGGAGCCCUGGCUCAGCCUGCCGCCUGCGGGGCUGUCCCAUUGGCUGCUGUCCCCACCCACCCCGUCAUCCAGUCCUUCUUUCCUAUUGGUCAGAGGACGCAGCAGAGCGUUUCUAGGCAACAAGACAGCGUCCCCCUCCUCCUCCCCCUCCCCCCCCUCAGCAAACCUGACACAACGCAUCCCGUGACGUCUUGCUCAGUUGCCCCCAUAAAGCAGGGGUGCUUCCUCCUCCAGAGAGUGGCCGCCGCCCACAGCCCCGCUACGCUCUCCUCCCAGCAUGCUCUGGGGCAACAGCUCCAUAGACCAAUCAAAGAAGAGCAGGAGUUGGAGCAGACGUCUGCAGAGCCAUGCCUUCCACCAGAGGAGGAGAGACAGGUGGAGGAGGAACGAUCAGCUUCAACAUCAACACUGAGCCCGCUGUCGUCCUGUGCAGGAGAGGAGCAGCAGGAGGAGCCGAAGGAGGAGCAGGAGGAGAACUGGACUGCUCCGGGUGUGGUCAGUUUGAAUGGAGGAGAUAACUCUGGUGGAGAGGAGGAGGAGGGGGUUGAGGGAGGGGGAACAGGAGGCGGAGGAGGUGGGGAGGAAGCAGAGGGGGGGGGAGAAGGGGAGCAGGAGGAGCAGGGAGGAGAGGGGGAAGAUGAGGACGAGGGACAGAGGGAGGAGAAUGGAGGAGAGAGGGAGGAUGAUGGGGAGAAGGAUAAGGAUGAAGAUCAGGACCGGCACGGUGAAGAGGAGGAGGAGGAGGACUUUGAUGACCUCACACAGGAUGAAGACGAGGAGGAAGUGAUGUCAUCAGCGUCGGAGGAGUCGGUGCUCUCUGUUCCAGAGUUACAGGAAACCAUGAAGCAGCUGACGUGGUUGGCGGCGGGAGCACGGCUCUGUGCAGACGGAGACUCGGAGGAGGAUCACUCUCCGACCUCCCCGGCUCUCAGGAGGAAGAGGAGGAGGAGGAGGAGGAGGAAGAGGAGGGCCGUAAGACGAGCGGUCAGGAGAGGGCAGGAGCAGUAA